AUGGACGUCGACACGCCGGAGCGGCGCAGCGGAGACCAACGGCAAAACCAGCGCCGCAGAGAGCAGCAAAGGGCGAUUGACACUCAGAAGCCCACAUCUGGCCCCGCGGUCUGUGUAGACUGCGCCAUACCGUUCGACACGAACGAGGCGACACUGCCACAGAAGAACACGUCCAGGCUGCCAGGGCCGCCCUUGCCCGGGAGGCCGCUGCCAGGAGCGACGGGCGCAGGCAGCAACCAGGUACCAGACCGCUACCAUGGCGCCUUCGCCACGGCCCGCGCUGCAGUCUGGGGCGCUCCAUCAGCGGCCGAAGCGCGCGGCGACACCGAGCAGGAAGCGCACCUCUGCCGGAACAUGGCGCUCAUAAAAGUGGACGCCCAAGCUGCCUUCCAGAGAAUGGAGCGCGGACCGGCGAUCGCAGCCAUGGCUGAGCAUGCGCCCGAUGUCGCCUGGAGGAGAGGUACAUGGCACAGCGGCCCUGCCGCCCACCUGUGGCGCGACGCGGACGGCAACUUCGAAGAGGUCGUGAGCACCCGCGGCUUUGACCCAGGAGACCCGCUGGCCCCGGCCCUCUUGCCAGCCGCGCCGGGCUUGGCCGCCAGCGCCUGCAGCAGCCUCCCGCCGGCGCCGGCCGCGCCGGCUGCCGUUGCUCGCCCCACCCCUCCGGUCCGCCGCGGGCUGGCCAGCCAGGCGCUCCAGCUCCUCCCACAGGCGUUGGCGCCUUUCAGCCUCGAUUUCGGCCUCGAACUGAACCAGAGGAAGACCCUGAUAUGGUGCCCAACUGGAGCGGCGGCGCCCCAGCCCGACCUGCCGAGACACUACGUGGCGACGCGGCCGGUGCUGGUGGAGGCGAGCGGCGACCGGGCCAAGGCACACGCCUACCACGAACAUGCCGAGACCAUGCGGCAGCAGGAAUCUUUCUCCAGGCGGGAGACCUACCUCGAGGACCGGUUCCACCUGAGGCGGCACGCGGCGCGGGGCAGCGUAAAAAUCGAAGAGCGAACCACCACGCAGCCCGACUACCAAGCUCACAACACCACGGACCACGACUCAUCCACACCAAGCACGCGAGACUGCAUCCAAAAGCUCCUGCGCGCGCCCCUCGGACCCAACACGAGACCAGACUACACAAACGAGGGCGCAACGGCCGUCAUGAGGCAGGCCGGGGUGGGGACGCUGGAGACGGACAGCCCGACCCUGCAGCCGAGCGCACACGCCAACAUCUGCAUCGUCUGCCAGGAAGUGAUCCCGCACCAUGGGGCGGGCAGGGACACACCAACACAGGAGGCAUGCUGUGGCGCCCACUUCCACUUGGGCUGCCGCGCCGACUUGGCCCGCCACCUUGGCGAAGCCACCACUUGCCCGCAGUGCCGAGCCAGACUCCCGAUCACUGCCGAGUUACGGGCAUGGUGCGCCGCGCAGGGCGUGGACAUAGACCGACCGCCGCCCCCGGCCCACGACACCAGCGCCCAGGCCGUCCCAGAUUACAAUGGGUUUCGAAGCUACGCGCGAGGCGAAGAACCACCACCACGGGAGCCACCGCUGCUCCGAGCGCUCUGCUGCCGACGCCUCGGCCCACCGCCCGAAUUCUCCGAAGUGCCAGACCGCCGCAUGGAAUGGUCCCCGGAGAUUGCUGCACGCGACACCAACGGGAUGAUCACGCAGUGGCUUGAGUCAUGGCUUUGCCCACGCUGCGGGGCGCGCUGCGCCGUCGACACGAUCGCGCCACAGAGCGGCCAACAGAUGUGCGCGAGGUGCCUAGAGCAGGGCACGUGGACCGCGGAAGCCAGCACGGCACGCACCAACUCCGCAGUGUACGUGCCCCUGCUGCUCGCAGCCGCCGGGCUUUUAGACCCAAGCGAAGGGGCGCAGUGGAGUGAGCACCGCCUCACACAUGCCUGGUGGCAGCCGACGGUAGAGACGUUGCGGCUUGCAGUCGUCCAGGCAGUGGCGCACAGCAGCACCGGCUACAUACAGCCGCUGGAGCCGGAGCUGCCUGGAGACCAGCACGCGAACGGCCCUGCCGCCGUGGUGGGCAGAGGCGCCCCCGGAGAGACCGACCACGAGGCCGAACCAGCGCAGGCCCCAGCCCCGAGCAACGGACCCACCGAAGAGUCCUGGGCAGCUCUCGGGGGCAUCGACCUCCAACAAGAGCUCCGGAGAUUCGUGCCGACACUACAGAACGUGCCACGUUUCCUGCGCGCGGAGACCCGGAUGGCGUUCACCACGGCCCUGAAGAGGAUCAAGCGAGGACACGACCAGGGCAACCAAGCAACAACCCACCAAGGAUGGACACUGUUCCUCCUCGCCUCGAGGCUCCUGCUAAGCAAGCCCAAGGGUACCGACGCCGAGGGCCGACAAGAGCUCUUGGAACGCGCCCAACGGUUCCGCCAGGGCGACUGGCUGGCCCUGCUACACGAGGCCAACACCACGGCCGGCGCGCGCGCAGCGCCGAGGCCAGCCACAGAGGAGCAACAGCAGGAGAGACGCAGAGAACAGGCUUGCGCGCACGUCCGAAACGGCAACCCGUCACGGGGGAGACAGGUCUUGACCGCGGCGGCGAUUGCGCCCGGCAACGGGGAGACACUAAACAGGCUGCGGGACCCGGCCCGCCGACCGCCUACCCUGAGCCGCCGACUACCCGCCAACCUCGACCGCGCAACCGACAGAGCGAGACUCGACAAGACCAAAUUCCUCGCUUGCCUCCGGUCCGCUAAAAAGGGCACGGCAGCAGGACCGUCGGGGGUCCGCGUUGAGCACCUCAAGCCGCUGCUGGAACACGAAGAGUCCAUGGACCUGCUUGGAUUCGCCGCCGCUGCCCUCGCGGAGGCGCGGGUGCCCUCCCCGAUUGCCCGCGCUCUAGCCCUCUGCAAGAUGACGGCGCUCCAGAAACCAGACAACGCGGCCUACUGGGGCGCUUGGGCAGACGCCCUACACAUGCUCCACCAACGGCGCCCCGUUGAAGCUGCAGCGAUCAGGGACCUCCUCGACGGCACCAGGCCCGGCCGUAGGGGCAACCUUGCCGCGGCCGCCGCGGCCGCACAGCUGCUCGAAACCGAAGGCUUCCGGAGACCUUCCUGGACCGACCUGCUCCAGGGGCUGCGCCCAGAAGCGCCGCCGCGCUCGGAGGCCGCCGAACCGGGGGAAUGGCAGCACGGCUGGCAGUUCCACGCUUGUUCCGCACGCAACACACACUACAGGGACAACGUGUUCAUGCCCAGCCUCACCAGGGCCAACCAGGCCAUGCUAAGGUCAGGCUCAGGACCGAGGGCCGCCUACUGGCUUCACACCUUACCCACCACCGAGGGGCACGUGUUCAAGCCCGCGCGGUUCCUGGCAGCCCUGCGCCGGCGCCUCAGGCUCCCGCUGCCGCUCCUCCCGCACACUGCGGGGCAGCCGGCCACCCAGGCUGCCGGGCCCGUUGUCCCCCAACAGCUGCUGCGGGACACUAACGCCGUUGUCCACAACCCGCUGGACCGCAGACAAUUAGACCUAGUCGUCUACGGCAUCUCGCCGAACGGCGUCCCGCUGUGCUGCGACAGCACCAUGGUGUCCCCCCUCCGCAGGGACGGCUGGCACCGGCCGCGCACCUUCGACACCGACGGCGCCGCGCUACUUGGGGCCGAAAGGCGCAAACGACGCAGGUACCACGAACUCACGACCGGCCAUUCAGGCCGCCUCAUGGUCCUCUCCUGCGAGGUCGGAGGCAGGUGGGGCCGCGAUUCCCUCCAGCUGGUACGCCUGCUUGCCAAGCAGAAGGCGCGGGCCGCGCCGGCCCUCCUCCGCCGCUCCGCGGAGCUCGCGUACACCAACCGCUGGUGGGGGUUCCUGAGCGUCGCGGCCCAGGACUCGCUCAUGGCCACCCUGACGGGCGACGGCUACCUAGCCUUGGGGGGAGCCGCCGGGGAGGACGACCCAGACCUGGCCGAAGUGCUGCUCGCA